AAAUAUCCCUGGCUACUUUACUCAUCUUCGUUCGGCUGCCCUAACAUUUCACUGGCGUCCUGUCUCACCGUGUCUUCGUCCUUUUCUCUCACCCUGUCUUCGUCCUUUUCUCUCACCAUCUUCGCUCGGUUUUCGUCGAUCGCCUCUUUCGUUGUCGCCGCCGAGCUUAUUGUUCCUCUGUUGCAAUUCCUUUUCUGCUGUUAUUCGCACAAGUGUCGCCGAUCAUUUUAUGGUGUCCAAUAUCUCUGGAUCUCGCCGUUCAAGUCCGAUGGAGGAGCGUUUUGAGGGUCUGUCGUGGGAUCAGCUAAUGGCAUGCGUAGUGGACGAUUCUCUUACUGGGGAAGAAGAUUUACGGCCGCUCGAGUUUUGUGGAGAGGUAAACUCUCUGAGUCGAAAGAUUUUGAGGGCUCCUCGUCCGAUUGGUUCUUCCUUCACAUCUUCUAACUUCGCUGAGGCUGUGCGUGUGAAGAAAGCUCACUCGUUUGAUUUGAACGAAGAGGCAGUCGAGGAUGGUGAAGACGUGAGUGACGGCGAUGCAGUGCUGGAGUUUACAAAAGCAAGUGAAAAGAAGAACAUAGUCUACCCUUUCGACUUGAACAAGUUUCCAUUCCCUGAGGAAGACUAUGCACAUCUGACUGAGGAAGAGAAAGACCGUGAUGAAGAUGUUAAAGAAGAAAAUCCAUCUUGAGCUUAAUGUUAAGAGUCUCAAAAAAGCAAAACAAGAAAAUCAAGCCAAUGACUCUGCUACUUUGCUGCCAGUUUAAGAUGUGGUAUUAAGCGCUUUAAAUUACAACUCCCUCAAGACAAGCUCUCUAGCUUCUUUAAAUUACAACUCCCUCAAGAAAAAAAUCAUCGGACAAGGCAGUUGUUGAGAAAGUAGCAGCUGGAUUGGACUCUAUUAGUGCUUCCUCCCAAGGCAAUCAGGUAGACAUUCUCACACAUGGGAGGAGCAUUUAAGUCUAAGAAACUGUUGCUGCUGUCCCCACCAUCUUCCUCAGUUGGAGCAUUUAAAUCAAAAGGUGUGCAGUAAUUUUCCAUGGUGGAAGGCAGUGGUGGAAAGCUGAAGAAGAUUGUAGUUUCAUGCGUUUUUGUUCUUUUGUUCAAUUUGCUUUUUCUGUCAUUUUUAUAAGAAUGUAACUGGCCAAAAAUUCCCCUCCCACCAAUUUCAUUUUGGCCUUCCCGCCAAGUACAGAUGACAGCCUUUGUUUUACUGACUUUAUUUGACUGACAGACUUUUUUGUACAGUACUA